AUGGAUUCAUUGAAACCCCGAAUCUCUGAUUCGCCCCAACCCUCCAAAAAGGAAAUAAGCCCCAAACCCAACCAAGUUUCAACUGUCGUGCUAUACGGGGUACCAAUCGUUUCCUUGGUGAUCGAGAGUCAAGAAAGGCUGUGUUUGGCACAAAUAUCCAAUACAUUGUUGAAACAAUUCAGUUAUAAUGAAAUACACAACAGGAGAGUUGCUCUAGGAAUAACAUGCGUCCAAUGCACUCCGGUCCAGCUGGAAAUCCUUCGAAGAGCCGGAGCCAUGCCAGUAUCUUCCAGGAGAUGCGGAAUGAUAACCAGAAGGGAAGCAGAACGCCUCUGCAAAAGCUUCCUGGGAGACAACGCCCCACCACGUCUACCUGAAGACUUCGCCUUUGCAGUUCACCACGAGUGUGCUUGGGGCUGCCGGGGCUCCUUCCUACCAUCCAGAUACAACUCCUCCAGAGCCAAAUGCAUCAAGUGCUCGGUCUGCGGCCUGUUCUUCUCGCCCAACAAGUUCAUCUUUCACUCCCACCGCUUGGGCCCCAACGACAAGUACGUGCAGCCUGAUGCAGCAAACUUCAACUCGUGGAGGCGACACAUGAAGCUGAGCGGGUGCCCCCCAGACGAGAUAACGCACGCUUGGGAGGACGUCAAGGCUAUGUUCAACGGGGGCACCAGGAAGCGGCUGCUGGCCAGCUCUCUCAUGGCCAGGCCCCAGAAGCAGACGAAGCUGGCGCCUCAGUCGCCGCCGAUAGUACCGGCUCCUAGGAUCCCGAAUUGCCAGGACCUUCCUCUGCCUAUGUCGAGGGUCGCGAUGGAUUUCAUCUACCAUAAGCCGCUCGCUUUCGGUUCUUACGCGUCUUUUCCCUGGCUCAAGCGUAAUCCUAUCUUGUUUCCGCAAGAUAAUCCGUUUUUCCCGAUUGAUAAGAGCUAUCAGUCGGCGUUCAAGCCAGUGCAGCCUGUUCCGGAUAAAGGUGGUUCGCAGAAAGAUGAGGAGAGCGACGACGAGGUGGAUAUCGAGACGACAGACGAGAAGGACGAAGACGCAGCGAAUUUUGAUCUGAAGGAAGAGAAGUCAGCACAUUCUUUCGUUUUCAACCUCGAAAGAUGUCGAACAGCACUUUAUCAAAACUCCUUCAUCCAUAGAACGGCUAGGCUCUGGAAUUCAUUGCCUGAGGAGGUAUUCCCAACAACAUAUAAUCUCCAGAAGUUCAAAAAAGUUCCUAUCCCUAUCCUCCCUAGGAACGCACGAUGUUCUUUGAACAUUAUAGGCAUUCCCUUUCUUGCGCUUCAAGCGAUAAAAAAAAACAGUUGGCGUCUAACCUCCUUUGAUAUUUUUUGCCCUUUUGUUAGUUCGGCAACUUUAAUUCUUGGAGAAUCUCGAUUUAUUUUGAUAGAUUGA